AUGAGUUAUAAAUAUGAAGAACUGCUGGAUAAUGAGUUUAUAAAUUCAACAAAUAAAAAUGAAAAUAAUAAUAUUGAAAAUGAUAUUUAUUCAAACAUUAGUUUAAAUAAUAUAUAUACAAAAAUAGUAAAAAUUAGAAAAGAGCUUGAAAAAUCAUAUAACUUAUUCUACUCAUAUAAUUUAGUUGUAUCAAAUCAAAAACAAGAAAAUGAUAACUUAUAUAAUAAUCAUUCUAAUUUGUAUAAAAGAAAUGAUUCUAUGAAUCAAAAUAAAAAUACAAAAAAUAAUAUAACCUUAAGUAAAAUUAAUGCUUUAACUAAUUCUUUUUUUGUGAAUGUUGAGACUUUGAAAAAUACUUAUUCUUUUAUAAAUGCUAAUAAUUUGAAUAACAAAAUAAUAAACAAUGAAAAUGUAAUAUGGGAGAAGAGAAUUGAAACUUUAUCAAAAGAAUCAAACUCUUAUAUAAAAACAUUAGAUAAUAUAUAUAAGAAUAAUUUAAAACAAUCAGAGAAAAAUAAUAAAACAAAUAUAUAUAAAAAUACAAAAAAGAAAAAUAUAAAUGAUACUAUAAGUUAUUUACAUAAUGAAAAGGAAAUACUAAAACAAGUAGAAAAUAAUUUAAAUAUAUUUCAAGUUCAAGGAAUGAAUGCUUUGAGUAUGAUAAGAAAACAAAAUAAAUUUUUAAAAAAUGUUCGUAAAAAAGUCAUUGAUAUGUAUAAUUAUGUAGGUUUAUCCUCUUCAUUAAUUGAUGCUAUAAAAAAGGCACAUAAACAAAAUUUAAUUAUUGUAAUUGUUGGAAUAAUUUUAAGUUUGAUAUUUUUUUAUGUUUUAUAUUCAUAUUUUAAAAAAUAA